AUGAUUUAUUCAUUUAUACUGGGCUGGCUGCUGCAGCAGGUUGGAGCCCGCAGUGACAUCACGGCGGGCGCGGGUCACGUGCCCCGGCCGGCCCGCCUCCUCCUGCCCCUCCUUCUCCCGCUGCCUCCAGAGCGCACGGUCCGGCCGCCGCAGCUGCUCGGAGCUUCGGGGGAGGCGCGGACCGAGGCCUGAGGGCGAGCGGGAGACCAGCGGGGCGGCAGCCGGAGCGGCCGAGGAGCCCGCAGCAGCCGCGCAGCGGCCGGAGUGACGCGGCCGAGGUUCCUGCAAACUUGGGUGCGCGCUCGCGCCACUGCGCCCGCGGUCCGAGCGAUGAAGAUGGUCGCGCCCUGGACGCGGUUCUACUCCAACAGCUGCUGCCUGUGCUGCCAUGUCCGCACGGGCACCAUCCUGCUCGGCGUCUGGUACCUGAUCAUCAAUGCCGUGGUGCUGCUGAUUCUGUUGAGCGCCCUGGCGGAUCCUGAUCAGUAUCACUUCACAAGUUCUGAACUGGGAGGUGACUUUGAGUUCAUGGAUGAUGCUAACAUGUGUAUUGCUAUUGCAAUCUCUCUCCUCAUGAUCCUGAUAUGUGCGAUGGCUACUUACGGAGCGUACAAGCAACAUGCGGCCUGGAUCAUCCCAUUCUUCUGUUACCAGAUCUUUGAUUUUGCCCUGAACACCUUGGUUGCGGUCACCGUGCUUGUUUACCCCAGCUCCGUUCAGGAUUAUAUACGCCAGCUGCCUCCUAAUUUUCCCUACAAAGAUGAUAUCAUGUCAGUGAAUUCUACCUGUUUGGUCCUUAUUAUUCUUCUGUUUAUCAGCAUUAUCUUGACUUUCAAGGGAUACUUGAUUAGCUGCGUUUGGAACUGCUACCGAUAUAUCAAUGGCAGGAACAACUCUGACGUCCUGGUGUAUGUUACCGGCAAUGACACUACGGUGCUGUUACCCCCGUACGAUGAUGCCACUGUGACUGGUGCUGCCAAGGAGCCGCCCCCACCUUACGUGUCUGCCUGAGCCUGAAAGGGGCGGGGCUGAGCAUGAGCUUGACCUCUCAGACACCUGAGCAAUAGUUCUUUAUUUUCACUUCUCAGAUGAGCUCUCUGGGCUUUUUUGUUGCUGAAAUGCUACACUUUAUUCUCUUUAGUGUUAAGUUGAAACCCUCUGUAGUUUUAAACAUAUGCUUUAGCUAGAGCACUGUGACAGGGCAGGGGUAGAGUUCCUGUGGGGUGGGGUGCAACGGGCUCCCCUCGUCUUCCCUGGACUCCCCAAACACUGAGACGUCCCAACAACCUGGAUGAGCCUCGAGUCCAAGAAGUCUGGUUUUGUACGUCAGGCCUCAAAGUUGGGGGAAAAGGCACCUUUUUUUUCCCUUCUCUGUUUUUCUUGAAUGUGUAAAAUAAAAUCAAAAGUAGACACUACUUGUCU